CCCACGUGGGACGAUUGCCAGCAGCUUUUGCAGGUCCUGUUCAAGACUGAGGAAAGAGAAAAAAUCCUCAGUGAAGCCCGAAAACUAGUUCCGGGUGCAGACGGGAUUCCCACCACCAACCAGGCUCAGAUAGAUGCCUCCUUCCCCUUAACUCAGCCCAAGUGGGAUUUCAACACAGCAGAAGGCUCGCGCCAUGGCGGCUGCCAGCAGUAAGCAGACUCAAGACCUGGCCAGAAUACUACUAGCUACCACUGCUGACUCCCCCGAGGAACGAGACCGCCGUCUCUGGCAGCUGGCAGACAACUCAAGAGGAGGUAAAGGAACCACCAAGGUGGGGGGAAAGCAGAGGCUGCAGAAAGAUCAGUGCGCAUACUGCAAGGAGAUAGGGCAUUGGGCCCGAGAUUGUCCGAAAAAGGCCGGCGGGAAGGGAAGCAAGACUGAUCGAGUAAAAGUCUUAGAGCUAGAUAAACUGAGUGAUUAGGGAAGUCGGGGUUCGGAUCCUCUCCCCGAGCCCAGGGUAACUCUUAAAGUGGAGGCGACCCGUGUUGACUUCCUUGUCGACACCAGAGCGCAACAUUCGGUCCUCCACACCCCACUAGGAAAGCUAGCCAGCAAGAAGUCCUGGGUACAAGGGGCAACUGGUACGAGCCAGUAUUCAUGGACUACCCGAAGAACAGUAGAUUUGGGGACGGGACGGUUAUCCCACUCCUUUAUGGUAAUACCGGAAUGUCCCUACCCGCUGUUAGGACGGGACUUACUGACCAAGAUUGGAGCUCAGAUAACUUUCAGACAAGGGGAGCCUCAGGUCACCAAUGGCAAGGGCCACCCCAUCCAGGUCCUGACCAUGAAACUAGAGGAUGAAUACCGCCUCCACCAGGAGGCGCUCCCAAGAGAGGAUAAUAUAGACAGAUAGCUACAAGAAUUCCCAUCGGUUUGGGCAGAGACAGGGGGAAUGGGACUAGCUGCUCAAAGGACCCCGGUCCUGGUAGAGCUCAAGCCAGGAGAAGGUCUGGUAAGGAUCAAACAAUACCGCAUGUCUCAGGAGGCGCAGAAGGGGAUCCAGCCACACAUCCGGAGACUAUGAAGCCUAGGGGUACUAGUUCCUUGCCAGUCUGCCUGGAACACCCUCCUACUGCUGGUCAAAAAACCUCACACAAAUAACUGUCAACUGGUACAAGACCUCUGGGAAGUAAAUAAGAGGGUCACAGACAUAUACCCAACUGUUCCCAGCCCAUAUACUCUCUUGAGCUCCUUGGCACCCUCCAGGGUCUGGCAUACUGUACUAGAUUUAAAGGACGCUUUCUUCAGUCUGCCGCUGGCACCCCAAAGCCAACCCUUGUUCACCUUCGAGUGGCAUGAUCUGGAGGAGGGCUACACGGGCAUCUCACCUAGACAUGGCUGCCUCAGGGGUUCAAAAAUUCGCCCACAAUGUUCGACAAGGCACUACACGAGGACCCGGGUGAGUACAGAAAGUACUCCUACGGUACGUAGAUGACAUCCUGAUUGCUGCGGACACGGCCAAGGACUGUGAGCAAGGGACCCAGGGCCUGCUGGCUACCCUGGGGGCCUUGGGGUACCGGGCAUCUGCGAAAAAGGCUCAGAUAUGCAGGGAGAGGGUAAGUUACGUGGGAUACAUCCUGGAGGGCAGACAGCGGCGGUUAUCAGAUGCCAGAAAAGAAACUGUCCUGAAGAUCCCUACUCCCACCUCCCGAAGGGAAGUAAGGGAAUUUCUAGGAUCGGCUGGCUACUGCCACCUCUGGGUUCCGGGUUUUGCUGAGAUCACCAGGCCUCUAUAUGAAGCUACCAAAGAGGGAAAAACAUUUGAAUGGACUGAAAAAGAAGAAACUGCCUUUAAUCAGUUAAAAAAAGGCCCUCCUAAGUGCCCCAGCCCUGGGCCUGCCAGACAUUACGAAGCCCUUCCACCUCUUUAUAGACGAACACAAGGGAAUAGCAAAAGGGGUUCUAACUCAAGCCUUAGGCCCCUGGAACCGCCCGGUGGCUUACCUAUCCAAGAAGCUAGACCCAGUGGCUGCCGGCUGGCUGCCAUGCCUAAGAAUUAUUGCGGCGACAGCACUCCUAGUCAAGGAUGCAGACAAACUGACCCUAGGACAGGAGAUCUGGAUCAUGACCCUACACGCCAUUGAAAGGGUCCUGAAACAGCCUCCUGAAAGAUGGAUGAGUAACACACGUAUGACUCAUUACCAGAGCCUCCUACUCAACCCUCCAUGGGUGUGGUUCCACCCCAGUGCGGCCCUCAAUCCUGCAACCCUGCCGCCCGACCCUGACCUAGAUGCUCCACUACAUGACUGCGGGGAUCCUGGAGCAAGUACAUGGAUUCCGGACAGAUCUGACCGACUGGCCCCUCCCCGAUGCCAAGGCUACUUGGUUCACUGAUGGCAGCAGGUUUGUGUGGGACAGACACAGGUAUGCGGGUGCAGCGGUGGUCACCGAAACAGACACUGUAUGGGCGGAGGUUCUACCCUCCGGGACGUCAGCCCAGCGAGCAGAGCUCAUCGCCCUCACCAAGGCGCUGACACUGGGAGCUGGAAAACGGCUUAACAUCUACACAGACAGCCGUUAUGCGUUUGCCACAGCUCAUAUUCAUGGGGCAAUUUAUCAGAAGAGGGCGUUACUGACGGCAGAAGGACGGACUAUAAAAAAUAAGCAGGAGAUACUUGACCUGCUUACGGCCUUAUGGCUUCCUGCCAAGUUGACCAUUAUCCAUUGCCAAGGACACCAGAAAACUGAUAACCCGGUAGCUAAAGGUAAUCGAAAGGCUGACCAGGCAGCCAAGGCAGUAGCCCUUAUUUCAGUCCCCACCAUGACCAUACAACUACCGGACCCGGGAGACCCAAUUUUACCAGACCAGCCCAAAUACUCCCAGGAGGAGUUACAGCGGAUCAAGAAGCUCCCCAUGGCCCAGGAGAUAAAGGGAUGGUGGUAUACACCUAACAAGGAGCUCGUGGUGCCAGACUGGCUCGGAGUCUCAGUAUUAGAGCACAUGCAUUGAUCUAC